CGCGCGCGGCGCUGUGAGGUGGAGCUCACAGGAAGUGAAGGGCUCCGCUUCCCAAAUACGGAGUCUAAAAAUAAUCUCUUUUCAUGCGCAGUGUUUUCUCCCGAUCACGCACCAGCGCAGGAGGAUUCGGGUUCUGUUGGACCGAGAUCAUCCGCAAAAAAAUCCCUUGUAGGGAGCCUGGAAAAUCCUUCCAUAAGGCUGUUAAGACUGAUGAGAGAUCUUUUAUGCCAAGAUUGUCGGUAUUUAAACAGACCGCAUCAUGCGUGAGUACAAGCUAGUGGUCCUUGGUUCAGGAGGUGUUGGCAAGUCUGCUUUGACUGUACAGUUUGUUCAGGGAAUAUUUGUUGAAAAAUAUGACCCAACAAUAGAAGAUUCAUACAGAAAGCAAGUGGAAGUAGACUGUCAACAGUGUAUGCUUGAAAUCCUCGAUACAGCAGGGACAGAGCAGUUUACAGCAAUGAGGGAUCUGUAUAUGAAGAAUGGUCAAGGGUUUGCACUAGUAUAUUCUAUUACAGCACAGUCCACAUUUAAUGACUUACAGGACCUGCGGGAACAGAUUUUACGGGUUAAGGACACUGAAGAUGUUCCAAUGAUUUUGGUCGGCAAUAAAUGUGACCUGGAAGAAGAGCGUGUAGUCGGCAAAGAACAGGGUCAAAACUUAGCAAGACAGUGGUGUAACUGUGCCUUCCUAGAAUCAUCUGCAAAGUCUAAAAUCAAUGUUAAUGAGAUCUUUUAUGACUUGGUCAGACAGAUAAAUAGAAAAACACCAGUGGAAAAGAAGAAGCCUAAAAAGAAAUCAUGUCUGCUGCUUUAGACUCCCAUCGCGCAGCAGCUCUGAGCCAGAUCGCAGGAAUGAAGAACUGUUGCCUAAAUGGAAAGUGCCAGCAUUCCAGAUUUCAAAACCUUACAGAAAUUAACAGCAUAUCUGAGGAAGCUUCUCCUGUUUUUGUAUACUAUGAGAAGAAUUUAGAUCUUAAAAUGGUUUGCACACAGUCCCUGGAAAACGAAAUUGCUCUGUGUAUAUCUCUUGGAAAUUUAAGACUAUAGUAUUUCUCCUUUGCAAUAGCAAUUAACAGAUGUGAAAAUAAAUAUAAUUGACUCUAGUGUAUAAUUAUACAAAGGAGCAUGGAUGCAUUUCAAAUGUUAGGUAUUGCUACUAUAAUUAAAAUUUCAUAUUGACCUUUUUAUCAUAAUUUCUCCCCAUCAAGCACUAAAAAUGUUCCACCAUUAUAUUUUAUAUCUAUAACUACAUAGAUAUAUAUAUAUAUUAUCUGAGAUUUCCCUUUGAACUCACUGCAACAAAUAACUUUGAGUCAUUGACUUCAUUUUAUAUUUAAAAGUUAUGGAAUAUCAUUAUUUCAUUCUGCCAUUAUAUUCUAAUUAAAAAUGUUUGUGCAUAAUGCUUUGGAAAAAUGGGUCUUUUAUAGGAAAAAAUGGGGUAACUGAUUUCUAUGGCUUUAAAAGCAGAAAUAUAUAAUAUACUAAACCAACUCUAAUAUUGCUUUUUGUGUUUUACUGUCACAGAUUAAAUUACAGCUUUUAUGAAUGAUUAAAUUUUAGUACAUUUUCAUUUUGUUUCUGUGUUUUUGUUACUGUUUCCAGGCUUUGUUUUUAUAAAUGUUUUGUGAAUUCCCUUCCGUUCUGGUAGAUGAAGGAAYGUGUCAUACCAGUGAAAUGUCUUCACAUUCACGUCACUCCUUAUUGGGUGUAGAAAUCAUACUGCACACACAAGUACAGAAGGAUACUCUUAGUUUUGUACAUUAUUUGACUGUUUAAAGAUGGUGUUCUGUUGAAAAGAUUUCCUCUUUAAUAUGUACAAAGUUAUUUUAAUGCUAUAUCAAGGUCUGACUUUUGCUAUGCUCUUCAGUUUCUUGCAGUUACACACGUCAGUGGCAGACCCCCUGUUUUGUCAAUGUUGUUCUGCAGGGCACAAGUUACCAUCAGCAUCUCAAAACGAAACUGCAGUGGAGAGUUGGUUCCGAGUAAAUAGUUCCACCAAAGCAAACAGCUGCUCUACACCUGCCUAGUGUUACCCGAGUUACACAGUGAGCCCAAAGGGUUUUCUCUUAAUUCUGGAUGUUACCCCAUUUCCUACCCCCUUCUUCCCCUCCAGCUUUUUCUUUUUCAAUUCCUAGAGGUAAGAGCAGGGUGUGAAGAGGCCUGGGGGUGGUCAGCCCCAAGCCUCCUGUGCACAGCAGUGAAGCCACCACCGCUCUGGGGACCUGCUGGGCCCAAACUGCAUCUUCAGCUUGGCACUGCUGAGACUGCGUCGGUGCUGGAGAGCUCGUUCCUGCUUCGCUUCAGAGUUAAGUGA